GUUGUUGAUUUAACUAAAUUUGAUGAAAAUAUUUACCUUUUUAUCUAAACCACUACCAAAUUUAAAAUGACGUUUAUAUUAUGUGUUGGAAAAACGAAUUCUAAGUGAAGUUAAGAGCUUAAAGAGUUAGAGAGUCCAUUGAUUUGUUGGGUUUCCAUUUCUUAAAAUCCAAUUGUUUUGCCGUUUCGACCCUUUUCAAUUUCAAGCUUGGGUUCUUGUUAUGAAAACUAUGUUGUCUCGGAUAUCUAGGUUUCGACAUACUGCCAAAUAUGGCUUGCCUUCUUUGCUACCAAUAGCUUCAGCACCCCACCCUCAUUUCUUUGAAAACUCUCUCUUUAGUUCAGUUGGAAUUUCUAAACAUGACGAAGCAGUUUUUACUGCUAACAAGAACCCUUUCGUGUCGGACUACCUCAUCAAAACACUGGGAUUCUCAAGACAUGAAGCAAAUUCUGUAGCUGCCAAGUUGAACAGUGUGAAAUGUCCUAAGAAUCCUGAUUUGGUAAUCAACUUCUUCAAAGAGAUGGGUUUAAAACGGAGAAAGAUCAAGAAAUUAGUUUCUAUUACACCGAGACUGCUUUAUUCUAAUGUGAACAGAACCCUUAAACCCAAGUUUGAGUGUCUGCAAAAAGCUGGGGUAUCUGGAUCUGACCUAGUUGAUCUCUUCCUAGCUGACGGAAAAGUUUUGUAUAAAGCAGUAGGUUCUCAUGUGAGGCCUAAUUUGGAUUAUCUUAGGAAACUAAUUAGUAGUGAGGAAACUUUGGUUAAACUUAUAAAGAAAUCACCCAAGAUACUUGCUGUCGAUGGUCCAAAAAGAUUUGAACCCAAAAUAUUGUUGUUGCAAAAAUUUGGGUUUUCAAAUGCCAAAAUUGAGAAGCUUUUACUCCAGAGACCAGGUAUACUUUUUCAAAAUCCUGAGUGGCUAGAGGAGAUAUUGCAUAGAGUUGAAAAGGAUUUACAGAUUUCUCCCAAAUCUGGAAUGUUUGUAUAUGGAGUUCUUGCAGCUAUUUCACUUCGUAAGUCAGCAGUGGAAAAGAAAAUGAGAGUUUUCAGGAGUUGUGGAUGGUGUGAUCUGGAUAUAAUGACUGUGUUCAGAAAGCAACCCCUCUGUUUGGGUAUGUCAGAAGCUAGAAUUCGGCGAGCAUUGGACUUUUUCAUGAGGAGACUCGGAAUCAAAUCAGAAUUCUUGGUUAGUAAUCCUGCGCUUAUAAUGCUUAGCUUGGACAAGAGAGUGAUUCCAAGAAUUGAAGUACUGAAAGUUUUAAACGAGAAGAAGUUGAAUCAGAAGAUAUCUUUUGCUCAAGCUAUGUAUAUAUCUGAAUCUACGUUUUGUUCAGAAUUCGUGCUUCCGUACAAGGAUGAGGUACCUAAUCUCUAUGAGUCAUAUAUGACACGCGUGAGACGUUAAGAGACAUGACAGUCAAAUGAGGUGUGGUCUUCAUCUUUAUGGCUCAUACUCAUGUCUUUCUGUCAAAUGAAUUUUGUUUCUUCAGGUCUUUCUUGUUUUGUGUUGAAAUUAUCACUAUUUGUUCCUCUCCAUCCUGCUUAUAUCCGUUUGAUCCUUUUCAGUUCCGACUAAGCUUGAAUUGAACAAUCUUGUUCUGAUCUUCCCCGCCCCUUUGUCCGUGCAAUUAAAUGUAGCUAUAUAUGACUCGUUGAGUCCUUCGGUUA